UCAUAUAUUCUCAGAUACAAUAUCAGCGGAAGGGCAAGCAUUCACUAUUCGAGGUUCAUCUAUUAGUGAAACCCAUCAGAAUUUUAACAUUGUUGAAGAAGUUAGUGAAACAAAUUGGCAGAAAACACCACAAGAUGUUAUUGACUCUUUGCCGAAGUACAGCAUUCGAAAAGAUGGUGCAUACACAACGCCAGAUGCUAUAUGCCCGAUUUGCUUUCGCCAUUAUAAAAUCAGCGAAAACAUCAUCUGCUUACCUUGCAAACACAAUUUCCACGAAUAUUGCAUAGAAAAUUGGUUGAGAUGGGUACGAUCUGCCUGUCCAGUGGAUAGAAAGAGCAUUUUGAAUAAUUUUAGUUGCGGCACUCCUGAUAGAGUCCUAGAAAAUUUGCUUCCUGUAGAAGAAAGUAACAGCACAGUUAGCAAGGAUGAAAUUUUCUCGGAUGUCUCGGAAAAUGAUCAGGAUGCAGAUGGUAAUGAGCAGGACGCAGAUUCAUUUUCGUUGGAGAUGGAAGACUUUGAUGAAUAUUCUUCUAAUAUUUCAAUACAUGUUCCAGAUCAUGAAAAGAAAGAUGAAGAUAUGUCUUGCGCUCCAUUUAGAAGCUAUAAUUUUCCUUUUUCAUUUAUUAACAUGUCAUCCUCAUUAUACACGAAAGCCAACAAAUCUAUUCAAAAUUGGGGUAAAGAUCAUUCAAGUAAUAAAAAUCUGAAAAAGCUAAGCUCGACUGUAAUAAAUAGUGCUAAUCAAAUAUUCAUACCACCCAGUGUUUUAAGAGAGCAAAUAUUAAAAGGGAAAAAUGCUUUCUCGUCUGACAGAAAGGAAUCUACGACAGGAAAUUUAAUUUUAUCUCAUAAAUAUGAAUUUAUGACAGAAAAGGUAUCUCACAGAAAGGUAUCUAUGACAGAAAAUGAACUUUAUGGAAAGGUAUCUACGACUAAAAAUGCGUCACAUAGAAAGAGAUCUACGAUUGGAAAUACGCUUCUUAUUAAUAGGCAAGAAUUUACUAUACGAAAUACGCCUCCUAGAAAGAAAUCUACGACGACAGUAAAUGUACCUCAAAGAAAGGAAUUUACGACUAACAAUUCGAAAAAAAUCAAAAAGAAGAGUCGACGACAGAGAAGCUAAUCUGCGCACUGCACACAAAAAUAAUCUGAAUACGAUUUCUUUCAAUCUGUAUUUAAUAAAAUAAAUAACUAAAUAAAUAAAUAUAAUAAUAAAUAGUGUAUGAAUAAAUAUAAUAAUGAAUACUGUAAUAAAUAGUGCUAAUCAAAUAUUCAUACCACCUAGUUUUUUAGGAGAGCAAAUAUUGAAAGGGAAAAAUGUUUUCUUGUCUCACAGAAAGGUAUCUAUGACAGAAAAUAAACUUUAUGGAAAGGUAUCUACGACUAAAAAUGCGUCACAUAGAAAGAAAUCUAAGAUAGGAAAUACGCUUCUUAUUAAUAGGCAAGAAUUUACUAAACGAAAUAAGCCUCCUAGAAAGGAAUCUACGACGACAUUAAAUGUACCUCAUAUAAAGGAAUUUACGACUAACAAUUCGAAAAAAGCAAAACGAAGAGUCGACGACAGCGAAGCUAAUCUGCUCACUGCACACAAAAAUAAUCUGAGUACGAUUUCUUUCAAUCUGCAUUUAAUAAAAUAAAAAACUAAA